AAACCACACAGAGCACAGGUGCUCCACACACAGCACUGACUGUCUGCUUUGGUACAUUUGCUUUUCCUGCUCAAAUAUUUAGAUUGUUGUUACGACUAAUAAAACGGUUGGCUGACAUAAUAAAAACUCUCCCUGCUGUCUCCCUGGAAGUAUAGAACAACAGGUUUGCUUUAGUUUAUCCUUCUGAACAUAAAGGCUAGAUAACAAUUAAUACCCUGAUUGGUAAUCCCUUCACAAAUAUCCCAUCAAACAGUUUUUGUGUCAAAGUCCAGUCGCAUCAACAUUUAUAGAGUUGCAAAGAGAGUGUUGUCCAAAAUUAUGAACCUACACGUAAAACACCAACUCUGACAUAUUUGACAUGUACGUUUCUUGUCGCUUCGACGAGGAAUCUCUCUGUUUGAUCUCAUUGGUCAGCUGCAGCCCUGUGUCGAGUAUAAAGCGCGUGCCAUAAAUUGUGGGGCUGAGACCGUGAGAGGGCGCAGAGCAGCGCGCAGAGCGCACAGCUACCCUCGGAGAGAAAGCGCCUGUGACUGACGGAGACAGAAGACAAAGAGGAGCGUGUUAUUUUCAGAAGUGCUGUAAGUAAAAUAAAUGUUGAUUUUUCAUGAGAGAAAAACGUGUCAAGCCGUAACAUGAUGUGGAAAUAUUGGAUGUAACAGCUCUUGGAAAAACAGACUUGUGCGUAAAAGGAGGUCUUGUAGUUGAACCUGUUGAACCGAUGAGCUUUUCAUUUUUAAACAUUUCGCCUCACUUGUUUUUUUUUUGUUUAGACAAGAGCAAUGUGGUUUUCUUUGUAUUUAUUAGACUCUUGUUCAAAUUGGACUAAAUCAGCUGUAGCCUAAUUUAGAUAUUUCUUGUAGACCGUCGAAUCGGUUGUUUCAAACUAACUCUCAGAUUUACAGCAGAUUUUUCUUUGGGAUUAGAAUAUAAGAAUGAAGAAUAUCAUAAAAUUUUAUGACUUUAAGGUAAGAAAGGCAACGAGAAAGCAAAAUUACGUCGUCAUUGGUCAAUUACAAAAUAUAAACUUACAAAAAUAAACUCACAAAGUCUCAAGUAUUAUGUAAUAUAUUCAUAGACAGACGACAAAUCCCCUCUUCCAAUAUCUAUCCACUGAGUUGUCCAAAUUAUGAAUGGCUAAUUUGCUAUAAAAGCAGGUUCAUAAUUGAUUUUUGGCUGAUUUUUUUUCCUGUUUUAUGUUACUGCCUUCCAAAUGGAGUGUUCGACCUCCUCUCAAAUAUAUAGUGAGUCCUUUCAAUGAGCUGUUGCUCUUUCUCGAAAGCCUUCUUGGAGCUUAAGUAUUUUUGAAGGAGAUUUUCACUCACUUGUAGCUGUGGUCAGAGGCUCCUGAGGUUCAGUGUGCUGUUGCAUUCACACUCCUAAUCUUGUCAACUAACAUCAAGGUGCUAUUUUAAUCCACCUUCCCUGUGGAGAAGCUGUCCUCUGAUCAUUUGCCUCUCUGUGUGUUAUUAACUGCAGACACACCUGACUGCGAUUACUCCGCAUCCCCACACAUCCCACUGUCUGGUGGGAUCAUGUGGGUUCUGGAUAAGAUCCGUGGCUCAGUGGAGACUGGUGUUCUGCGACAAGGAGAGAAUGGAGACAAGAAGGGCGCUCCGUCCUACAGCAACGUCCUUACUCCUGACAAGAUCCCAGACUUCUUCAUUCCUCCAAAGCUAGUCAGUAGCCCCCCUGAACCCGAGAUCCCGACCAUAAAGCCCAAAGAAUGUUUGGAACCCUCAACUUCUGAGCAAACAAUCAGCAGUGGACGGAAGAUCAGCAGCCCAAGAAGUCCACGCCUGGUCGCCAAGAUUGCGGGUGACACCAAGAACUUGCUGAAAGCAGCGAACCGUCACAUCAUUCAGAUAGAGAGUGCAGAUGAUGUCGUGACUGGAGACACCAAUGCAGACCCCCAGUCUCAGACAGCAAUGUCCUUGCCUUAUGUUCCCAAGACUCACACGCCUUAUGGCUUUGCUACUUUGAAGGAAAGCCCCCACACUCGCCGUAAAGAGUCGCUGUUCCACUGUGAGCACACCAGUCCCAUUACUUCUCCAAACACCCAGAGGAAGACCCUUGGGAGAGGAAGUGAAGCCAGUAACCACCUAAAUCCAGCCGAUUUCAACACCUCUCACAUGAAUCCUUAUCGAUAUUUCAGCGGUGGGGAAAGUGACACCUGCUCCUCAGCUGAGUCCUCUCCCUUCAGCUCCCCGUUGCUGUCCCGCUCUGCUUCCCUGCUCAAGAUCUUCACCCAUGAGACGCAGGCCAAAGUGGUGAAAGCCAAGCGGACGUUCGCUCGCCACAGCUCGCUCUCCACAGACGAGUGCAGCUCAGCCGAGCCGAGCCCCAACGUCCAGCGACGGCUGCACCAACCCUCCUCCCAUGGAGCUGCAGUGUCAGAUGGUAAACUCCAUCGAGAGCACACCAUCAGCCUGAACAAAGGCGGGACAGUGAGAAUCAGCGCCAACUACGACUCUAGCACCUCCCGUCUUCUCAUCCGUGUUCUGGCAGCCGAGAGUCUCUACGACAAGCACUACGACAUCAAGAGCAUCAACUGUUGUGUGUCCGUCUACCUGAACCCGGGGAAGCUGCAGAAGCAAAGGAGCAACAUCAUCAAGAACAGCCGCAACCCGGUCUUCAACGAAGACUUCUUCUUCGACUCCAUUAGUUCGGUGCAGGUGAAGAAUCUGUCCAUGAAGUUCAAGGUGGUGAACAAAGGCACAAGCCUGAAGAGGGACACAUUGCUGGGACAGAGAGAGGUGCCGCUGACAAAGCUGCUCUCUGGACUUUAAGAUCGUAUGACCGGGAGUUCAAACCCUUCAAAAAAAGGACACUGAAGUUUGAUGCUUGCACUGGUUUUUUGGUUCAAACAGAAUAAAAAGAAGAGGGGAAAUACAAGAGAGGAAAAAAAAUCAUCCCAGAAAAUGAAUCUGUUAAAAUUCAUGGACAGAUGAAGGAUUCGUGGUGAUGUAGGCUUUCCAGGCUCAUUCUCCAUGCAUCGAGAACUCAUUAAACCCGGCUGGACAGCACAGCAGCAGAUUAAUUUGACAGAUGAAAGGAUUCUUUUUUUCCAGACAUAUCUCGCCGCCAGCUGCCUCAGUCAGGUCCUGUUCAAAGGUUGGGGACACCUGUGCGUCAAUUCAUCGCCAUGUCCUCGCCUGCACUCCCGUCAUGUGUGGCACGGUUUUAUUAUGAAAAUGUGACAUAAAUCUAAGGCAGCAGAGGAUAUGAUUCUACAUCAGCUACACCAUGUGUGCAGCACCAAGAUGCUUUUGUGAGUCAGCGCGAGCUUUGAAGUGGUACUACAUCCUGAUGUGCAAAUGACCCUUUGAUCCCAGUUACCGCCUGCAGCCUGCCUACAACAGGAGGGGUGAGGGAUAAACAGACAGCCACAAUGGUCCAUUUACAUGCAGAUCAAAAAUAGAAACCGAACGAAAUUAGUUAUGCAAUUAGCACUGAGUCCUGUGAUUGCAUAACUGGAAUAAAUUAGAACUAUUUUCUUCUUAUUGACAGUAAACAAAACUAUUAGAUUCAGUAUAUGCGCUGCAAAAAUGUUCAAGUUUUCAGUACAAAUCUUAUCUCUGAUUUAAAGCUCCUAUUAGGAACUCCCAGAGUUGGGAUUGUCUUAUUUCUUUAAGUGUUUUUGUGUCCUGCACAUGUGAAAUUCAUGAGAAUAUGUCACUUAACAAAUCUCUUUUACCUUGUAAAUGUUUUUUAAAAAGGUUGUUUCUGCAGCAGUUAUUUCAUCACUUUGACGGACACCCACCUUUGCAGAAAGUUUUGAAGAUUCAGACAAAAAUUGUGUGUUUUACCCACCUCACACACACACACACACACACACACACACACACACACACACACACACACACACACACACACACACACACACACACACACACACACACAUAUAUAUGACAACAUAUAUGUGUUUAAAAUUGCUGCGUCUUACCUGAUUGAAUUGUUUGAAUCCUCAGAGUCUAAGAGACAGGAUGAAUGCAUUAUUUUUCUCAUGGCAACACGGUGGGAUUUAGAAUUGAUUGUUUCACUAACUUCUUCAGACUCUUAAUUUGAAACUCCCGCCAAGAGUUUUUAAUUGGUUAUAAAACAAACUAGAAAAAUGACACCGAUGCCAUGACCUAUAAAAGUAGAUCAUCGUCAUAAAACUGAUGAUUUAAAUGUUGUGAUUUUUAAUGAAUGAAACUCCUGUGAGGGGGUAGGUGUCAGACUGGAUGAUUGACAGCAUGCUGAAACAGCCUUUUAACUCUAAUUUACAGUAAUUGGUAUAUUUGACUGUGAAAAGACAUCAGGCUAAGGUUUCUUUUUGGUCUGAAAAUAUAACUUAACUCAUGUACAGGGCAGGAUCAGCACAGAAGAAGACCAUCACAACGCCCAAAGGGAGUGACAAAAUCAAAACAAACAGAAAGUUCCCCACAAGAUCUUUAAGAUGUCUUUAUGACCAAACCUGAAAAUCCUCCCUAAUCUUAUAUGAAAUUUAAAAGUGAAAUAGCUGGAGCUGGCUUUAUCUCUUUUGAUGACAUUUAAGUUUAACAAAAACUUUUAAAAGUGACUUCUUUUCAUUUUCUCAGACCGUGUUUAUUUCUCUUCAGAACAUAUUAAAAUGAAUUGAUAUCUUUUGGCAACAGGGUGAAAUGCUCUUUCAGCACUAGAAGACUCUUUUUCUACUUUCUCUUCAUAUAUCAAAAAUAGAAGUUUGUGGUGAGAGGUGACUUGAUUUCAACAUCUCAGUAGCCAGUGGUUGAAAGUAAACUGCAUGAAACCUAACUCCACAUUUAAUGAGCAGUGAACUGUUUUCACAUUAUAUCAUGAAACUCCUGUAUAUUUAAAACAUGCUUAAUAUCUGGUUGGAGAGUUUAAUCUGGGUGGACAUUUCAGCUGUCAGUCUGUCACAUAUGUCUCACCCAGUAUGGGUACCCAGAUUAAAUCUUGUGCAAUCAGGCAACAGGCACCAAAAUAGGCACACCAGUAUCCUCGCUCUGUAACCUUGUUGUUAUUCUGCACAGAUUCUUGGCAACUAGAACCCAGACGCACCGAAAAAAGCAUCUAGGUUUUCACAAACAAUACAAUGUUAAGAUGCUUCAGUCAAAGUCUGAUUGGAGUCGUAAAUGUUUUUAAAAUAGCACCUUAAGGACAGACCUUUACAAACCGUUUUAUAGAAGUGGCAGUGACAAAGUGCCCGAUAGUUGAUUUGUUGUUGAGAUAACUUCAAGUUCAAAUGCGUUCAUGGAAACAAAAAUAAAACAAUUGUCAGUUAAUGCAACUAGUGUAGGCGUUGGACAAAUACAGUGAUUGUCUGCAUGUUGAUGUAUUAAUGUUUGAUAUAAGAAUAACAGAGCGCUGGUGUCACAGUGCAGAUUACCAGUUUUAUGGCAUUAAUAUGUAAACUGGUGUUUGCAUGACAUGCUCAAAGUUUUUCUGAAACCCUAAAGCCUUACUCUUACUAUGUCCGUGUGUGUCUGUGUGUGUGUGAGUGCAUGCAUGUGUUUUCAAUCGAGAGAGAGAGAGAAUUGGUGUGUCUUGAUAGGCAUGAUAUUUUGUCUAAAGUUGUUUAUUUUCUAUGUACAAAAUGUAUUUUGUAAAAUGCCACUGACUGCUUUGAAAGGACACAGUAUGAGUGUCACAUUUAUACUGUAUAUAUUACAUAUGUUCUAGUUUCUACACUUGUCAGUGAAAUGCUCAUUAUGCAGCGGUGUGUGAGAGGUGUGAUGAGAGGCAUGUUAAUUUGAUAAGUUUCAACCUUAACGAAGCCCGAGGGAAGAGGCAGAAAUGUCAAGAAGGAAGAGAGGAAAACAAGGGAAGGAGGAAAGCUGUAUUAUGUGUUUUGACAACCCUCUGCUCUUUCGCUGUUCUCUGGCGUGGUUUUGAAGAAUUACAAAAAAAAUUGCAUGUGAUUGCAGCCUCAAGUACUCGGCGGAGGGAGGUGACUACAAACAGGAAAGACUGAUGUAGAUUACUGGAGUGUCUCAUACCCUCCUCAAAGCUUCACUCGAGCUCAAAGAGGAUUUCUCUCAUGGCGUUUUGUAGCUCACAUGUAGCACUGCUAUUGAUAUGCUCUCUAUUCUUUAUAUUCAGUGACACUGCUGGUUGUUUUUGUGUCAGUGAAAGUCGGUGACCAGUUGUAACACCUGUUGCAAAAAUACAGUGCCUGUGUUUUCUACCCAGAUCUGUUGUGACUAAACCCUAUGUGGCAUGUUUAAUUACUAAAGAGACCAAACUCUAGCAUAGGUACACUAAAUACAGAUAUUUUUCAAGAAUGCAGAAAAAAGCUGUUUUGUGUUUGUGUGUGUGCGUAUGUAAUGAAACUCUGUUUGGCUUAUAAACUGGCAGCCAAGCUAGAAAGCUAGUCAUUUAAAGAUUCAUUUAGUUAAGAGGGCAAAAUUUCAUAUUUUCAAGGUGCAGGACUUACCUGCUAAAGUGACUUCAAUUCACUUUCUUGACUCAAAGUGUAGCUGCAGUUAAGAGGAUUUGGUUGAAAAAAUUUCCAAAAAUGUUGACUAUUUUGGGGGUUAAGGUCAACUUUUUUUGCUAUCUUUAUUUGUGCACAUGAAAAGAUAAACAGAUUUUGUGUACAUAGCUUAAAUACUGAACAAGAGCUGCAGGGAGAUUAGCUUUGCUUUUUGUAAAGGUAUAAAACGGGAAAAGUCUUAUGCUUGCUUUUAGACACUGAUAUGUCUAUAAGCAAUGCUAUAGGUGGAUAAAUUGCUGGUAAAAACAUGUUGUGAAAUCUGUACUUAGAUGAAAACUGAUGAGGUGGGGUUUGAUGAUGGAUGUGCUGUAAUCAGUGGUGGCACAGAAAAUAAGUGCUUCCAUUAGAUUGGUGUUGUAAUGGCAGUGUUGAAUAAGUACAAAAUUUGACCCAGUGUUGAUGGCAGGUUAAUUAGUAAUUGACCACCAGAGUAAUCAAGAUUUAUCCUCUUUUUUUUUUUCUUUUUUUAAUGUAUGCAUGUCUCAAGUCUUCCUGUUUUCACAGGUUUUCUCUGAAAGAAUGAAACAAAAAUGCCGGUCCAGUACUUGACUCUAAAAUCUUUUCAGGAGUGUUUCAGCUGCAGAAGCUUGUUUCAGUGUGUUGUUUUUGUUCUUGUCGUGUAUCUGGCUUGAAGAAGUAGAUCUUUGAUUUUAUUCUGAAUUUUUAUUGUAAUGGUAAAACCACUGACAGCUGUCAUCUGGUGACUUACUCUGUAAAUUGUGUGAAAUUCUCUUAUUAAAAGAAAUGAUCAUCUGUA